GGUGACCCUGAGCCGAAAACAAAAAGGACCGCGGGCACGUGUUGCAGGCAGUGGAGUGCAGGCGCCACCAACACACUCCGCAUUGAGGUGCUUUCCCGCGGCCGAUCGAUAAACGACGCAGCAGCUGCGAGUGCCGCCGCGACCAGCUGACUGUCGCACAAAAAGCUCGCUCGGUCUCGCGUGCACCGCUGCCGAGACUACAGAGGCCUUCGCGACCCUUAGGAGGAAUGCAGAAGUGAGACGAGCAGGUUGCAACCAGGUGACACCAAAGCGCCGAGUCGAGAGCCGACCUUCAAGGGUCUGCGUUGACCUUGGGCUGCACUGCUAAAAAAACAUGUCCGAGUCAACCGCGGAGGGCCAUGCGGCGGCGGCCAACGGCGACGGCAAAACUAGCAACGGCCUGCACCUGCACCGCCACAACAAGCGGCCCUUCCUCAUCGGCGUGUCCGGAGGAACGGCCUCGGGAAAGUCGACGGUGUGCAAGAGGAUCAUGGAGAAGCUGGGCAUCGACAACGUGGCCUACACGCAGCGGCAGGUCGUGUGCAUCAGCCAGGACAGCUUCUACCGCGAACUCAACGACGAGGAGCGCAUCAGGGCCGUCAAGGGCAACUUCAACUUCGACCACCCCGAUGCUUUUGACAACGAGCUGCUUCACCAGACGUUGGCGGACAUUCUGCACGGCAAGAGCUGUGAAAUACCGGUAUAUGAUUAUCGCAAGCAUUCAAGCAGCGGUCAACAAAUGUCCACCAUCUACCCUGCAGACGUGGUCCUUGUCGAGGGCAUCCUCGCCUUCUACAUCCCCGAGAUAAGGAACCUUUUCCACAUGAAGCUGUUUGUCGACACCGACUCAGACCUUAGACUUGCUCGCAGAGUUUUAAGGGACAUCAAGGAGAGGGGUCGAGACCUGGACCAGGUGUUGAAUCAAUACACCAUGUACGUCAAGCCGGCCUUUGAGGAGUUUUGUCUGCCCACCAAGAAAUUCGCCGACGUUAUCAUUCCCCGCGGAGCCGACAACACAGUGGCGAUCGAGCUAAUUGUGCAGCACAUCAAGGACCUGCUGAACAACCAGGUGGCGGUGCCGCUGCCCGUCAGCCCCACCAAAUUCUCAAACUCCUUCUCUGGUGAAUCCUCCCCUGCCUCUCCGCGCAGGAAUGUGCUCUCUGACGGACACUUCAAGACCCCGCACUGAAUUCAGUCAAAACCACACGCUUUAGCUCUGCAUUUUAAUUAUCACUUAUCUAAUCACACACACCAAAUAUUUUAACUAGAAUUUUAAAAUUUACACAAGCUAGUCCUUUUGAAAAAUUGCAGGAUUCAAUUUUUUGUCUUUUUUUUGUUAUAAAUUAAUUUCCUCUCUAUUAUAACAUAGCAAGUGUUUCCUACAAUAUUACUAUAGAAAUAGAAUAAAAAAGAAGCAUAAAUCUUCUUUUGACAUUUGCUAAGUGACAAACGUUUAUUAUUAAUUAAGAAAAUUGUCUUAAAAUUUUAUAUUGAUUGUGGAAUCAGUUGUAUGUACAAGCAUUCAUUUUCCUGCCAAUCAUGAAA